AUGAUUGCCAAGGUUCUCAACUCGGUGGAGGAGCCCGUCGUCCUCCAUGAGGAGCUCCAAACCACGUUCAGCGGCGUUGUGCAUUCUAUCUCUACCCCUGAUGCAGCGGUGCACCAGUACCGUGGCAUUAAAUAUGCAUCUAUACCAGCUCGCUUUCGCCAGUCGAGACUGUUCACCACAUACCCACCCCAGACAGAUGCGACUCGUUUUGGCCCCAUAUGCCCUCAGCCAAGAUAUAAAACGGUCGAGGAGGAGCUGUUUGGGAUAGCCGAUGACUCCAUCCCUCAGCAACACCUCAAGCAGAGCGAGGCCGACUGCCUCAACCUCAACAUUACCUGCCCAGCUGACGCCACGCCGGACUCCCAUCUCCCCGUCAUGUUAUGGACCCAUGGGGGCGGAUGCCGCGGUUCAGGCUCUAGCUGGAUCUUCGACGGCGGUUCGCUCGUGCAGAAGAGCAUCCAGAUUGGCAAGCCUGUCAUCGUCGUGACCUUCAAUUAUCGACUUGGUCUACUCGGCUGUGCUGCCAGCCUCGCGUUGCGCGAGGAUAACAGAGUCGCAGGGGAUGACGGUGUCGGUAAUUACGGUCUUCGCGACCAGCGGAGAGCCCAUCAAUGGGUAUACUGUUUCAUCUCCGAAUUUGGCGGUAACCCCCUGAACAUCACCCUUUUCGGUGAGUCUUCAGGCGCCGCCGACAUCCUCUGCCAUCUUCAUUCGGCGGCGAAUGAUACGCACCCGCUAUUCCGACGCGCGAUCAUCCAGAGCGCACAGACUGACUUCGAGGUGCCGAAUCUGCACGCAGCGGGCUCGCAGCUGUCGAAAAUCAUGUCUGCGCUCCGUGUGCAUACGCUAGAAGAAUUGCGGGCCGUCGACCCGGAGAAGCUCGUCUCCCUCAGUACCACGAUGCGUGCGGUGGACGACGGCACGUUCUUCCGCCAGGGCUUCGCAGGCUUCCUCGUGCCGUUGGAGAGCGACGAAUACCAUCAUCUAUCUGAAGAGCAGUUAGCCAGACAUUCUCCGGAACUCAUCCCGCAUUCGAACCCGCUGAAAACUGCCCACCGCCUUCUUCAUCAAUUCUCUCAACCAUAUAAGGAUUCCCGUUCUCGCUCUCACUCGCACCACAGACACCCGCUCCAGCCUAUUAUGAUUGGCGAUUGCGGUGACGAGUCGCUAUUGUGGUCACUCACUGCCUCACUAUGGACUGCGUCUGGCGUUGUGCGACGCGUUCGCGCAGUGUGUCAGUCGCUCACCAAGGCGAAUGCCUUACUCCGCGCCUACGAUAUCAACGCGUACACGCCCGUUGACGAGCUACCCCAGCGGGUGCUCGAGCUCAUCAACGACUCCCGUUUUGCAUGGCCCACCGAGUGCAUUGCUGCCAGCCACAAGCGCGAGCGCGGCGGGCGCGGCGUUUGGCGUUACGUGUUUGACCAGGAAGGACCUGCACGGGGCGUCCCACAUCACGCUGUCGACCUCAUCUACCUCUUCGACAACGUUCCCCUUCCGUCCGUCGUUCCCACCGUGUCUGGCGAUGGGUGCCCAACGGAUUCUGGGCCUGAGUGUUUCUUCUCGUCCGACUCCGAGGCGGAAGACAGCGGUUCGGACUACGCGUACGGCGACUCCAGCGAAAGCGGAUCGAUCGAAGAGUGGGCAAUGCCCGUCGUCGACGACUGGACGUACUCGCGCGUGCGCGAUGCAGUGCAGGAGCGCUGGAUUGCGUUCGCAUACGGGGAGGCGCCGUGGCAGGAGGAGAAAGUUUACGUCUUCGGCCCCGAGGGCGAGAUCGGCGAGCGCUCGCGAAGCAUCUUCGAUGGUCGUCGCAGGACGCAGCUGUGGAGGGACGCCCUAGAGCCCCUUGGUAUGCACCUGGUGCAGAAGCUGGGGACAGAACUCAGCAACGGCCCUCCGUGUCCGGCCAGGAUCUGA